AUGUUCGCCCGCUCGCUUGUCCGACCGACGUUCCGCGCCACCGUCCUACCACUCCGCACAGCAGCGCUUCACACGACGCGCCCUACGCUCGAAGAAGCAGCGCUGAACCGGGCCGAGCGACUCAAGUCCCGCUUCUGGAAAACAGUCACUCUCCAACCUCCCACCUCCACGACUCCUGGCUUUCAAAUCCUCCUCGACGGUCGAUCGAUCAAAACGCCCGGUGGACAAGCCAUCAUCAUCCCCGCCAAUCGCGAAUUGCUAGCCACCUGCAUCGCGCAGGAGUGGAGCGAACAGGGAAAGCUUCUCAAGCCACACACGCUCCCACUCACCAGUCUGGCAGCGAGGGCGCUCGAAGGCUGUUCUGAUCCGGUGGAGCGAAAAGGGGUGGAGGAGUUUUUGUUGCGGUAUUUGGAGAAUGAGACGGUGUGUUUCCAGGAAGAACAGCCGGAGAGUCUGGUGAAGUUGCAGAAACGACACUGGGAUCCACUGCUCCACCACGUCAACGAGGCGUACGGCACACAGGUGAGGCCCUUUGAGGGGUUGUUGGGCAACGCACACCCAAAAGGGACCGUAGAAACCUUCAAAACUCACCUAGAGAGGUUGGACGGCUUCGACCUGGCAGCCUUCGAACGCAGCGUCAUGCUCACCAAAAGCUUCCUCAUCUCGGUCGGACUCGUCUCGGGUCACUUGAGCGUAAAACAGGCCAGCGAGGCCGCCGAAGUCGAGGUCCAGAGCCAGAUCGAUCGUUGGGGAAGUGUCGAGGAUAGUCAUGAUGUCGAUCAGGCCGAGAUGAGGAGGACGUUGGGAAGUGUGGCUGUUGCCACGGUGAGGAAUUGA